CUCGCUCUUGCGCGCGUUGGGCGCGUUGGUUAAUGACUCGCUCCCCCUCGCUCACCGCUGCUGCUGAUCAAAGGCGUUUGCAGCAGACCGCCCUGGAUAGUCGUGGAGUCACAGAGCUCUGUUUCUCCUUCUGUUUGCGGAUCAUAACGGCUUCAUAUCAAGACGUUUACACCGCGAGACUAGCCCGCAGCGAUCGGCGUUUAUUUUCUUCCGUUCUUCUCUGGCGAUAAAGCAGGCGAGCGCGGAAGAGAACGCGCGGUAAUGGGAAGAAGAUACGGCGUGUUUUCAUUAGGUUACAUUUCCGAAGAAUGAUCCAUCCAUCUGUCGAUCACGUUUUACGAGCACAAACAUCCUUCUUCACGCAUUGGACGUAGACUUUCGGAGCACGGGAGAGUUUUGAGCAUGCACGGCGCUUAAACCAACAGUUUUUACAAACACUUGGACUGAAUUUCGGCGUCUCGUCGCUUCGCUGACACUCUUGAUUUGAUCUCUGGAUGUAUUUUUCCAGCUCUUGUGUCCUGGAGUGGUGUGCACCGUGCCAAACACGUAUAGAUGUUGUGAAAUAACCCAUGAUGUUGCAGUUUUGGGGGUUUUCGGCUGAGAUGCGUCUUAUUUCAUUCACUAAACUUCAGUGUUGCUCUGUUUGGCCAUGAGUCUUCAUCAUCAUCAUCAUCAACAGCAGCAGCAGCAUCAUUAGAAAGCAGUUGUGCGUAACCACGUUGAUGCUUGCCUUUUGAGGCAUUUUAAUAUGCAUGGUUGUGACGCUUUCAGUACAUUUGCGUUCAUAAAGCUUCAGUUUAGUCUUCUAGUUGCGCAUCGUCUUCAGAAAUCUGUGGGUUUGUAGGGACGUAGCAUGUAUUGUGAUUGAUGUGUGAUACAUGCAUGACAUUAUUGGCCACUUUAAUGCUGCUUUAAGUUCAUAAAGCGUCAUCAUCAUCAUCUUCAGUGUGUUUGCAGGCAUUUGCUCGCCUAAUAAGGUGUUUAAUAUGCAUUACUGACACAUGUUGGCUGUGCAUACUAAUAUAGAUUUCACAAAUGCUGCUUUAACUUUUUAAAAGUGCAUUAAUGUUCAUAAACGCAUAAUUUCGUCUACCAGUUGAGCAUCAUUGCCAUUUUCUGGCACUUUGCUUGCGUUUUAAUAUGCAUUAAUGUAAUGUCUUUUGGCUGUGCAUAUUAUUAUAUGCUACUUAAAUCCUGCUUUAACUUGAUAGAGUACAUUUAAGUCCAUAUAGUUUCAAUUUCGUGUCUUAGAUGGGCAUUAACAUUGUGUAGAUUUUGUCUGUGCAUAACAUUUUGUACCUCUGGCAUUUAAGACCUUAAAGUCUCAUUUCGGUCUCGCAGAUGAGAUGUUGCAUGACUGCUCUGAAACUAAAGGAAGCUGGUUUUGAAGCAGUGAGCGCGCAAUGACGCUGUUGUUGCGCGCAAAUGUGUUGACGCCACCUGUGGUCUCUUAAAUCGAUCGAUUCAGGAAGAUUUAGGCACUUUGACCAGGAGAGAGUUCAGUUUGCACGGCAGCCGCGUCGCUUGCGUUUUCUAACCAAGUUUAGGUGUGUAUUGUCGUGCGUAACGCCUAAGUGGAGCGUUUAAAUGGUGCUCCGAAAGUUACCCGGUGUCUCAGCAUCGGGCAUGGGGCUUCGUCUGUCUCAGAAAUUCGUGUUUCUGCUGUUCCUGUCGGGGUUGGUUACUCUGUGCUUCGGGGCACUUUUCUUUCUACCCGACUCCGUGCGCCUCAAGCGCAUCUUCCUCUCCAAGAACGAGAGUCCCGCGGUGACCGUGGGCUCCGACAAUGAGCUUUCCAAAAAGAUGCCCGGGGAUCCAGAGCAUCAGCGGGCGGGUUUAAAAGGGGGCGAGGGGGCGAAUGUCAAGCUCAGAGUGAGCCGCAAGCCCUCGGUGACCCAUGGAGCGAGAACCGUGGAGAGAUCUGUUGGGAGUAGAGCGCAGGACGAGUGGAGUCCGGCGAGGGCGCAGGAACCGGCGGCCAGAGACGAGCGGGUCACCUCGGCCGCUCAUAACGGGGAACGCGGGAGCCCUUACAACUAUGAGGCGUUUAAAAAGUGUCUGCUGAAACCAGCUUUGGGGAAGAACCAGGGAACUCCAUCGGAUUCCGAGACGCUUCAGCGGAGGGAGAAAGUCAAAGAGAUGAUGAAGUUUGCCUGGGACAACUAUAAACGUUACGCUUGGGGAAAGAAUGAACUUCGACCUCUGACCAGGAACGGACACAUCGGGAAUAUGUUUGGUGGACUCAGAGGUGCUUCAAUCGUGGAUUCUCUGGACACGCUGUACAUCAUGGGUCUGAUGGAGGAGUAUGAGGAAGCCAAGGAAUGGGUUCAAAACAACCUGGACCUGAACUCGAAUGGAGAGGCGUCACUGUUCGAGGUGAACAUCCGUUACGUUGGCGGACUUCUCUCUGCGUACUACCUGACGGGAGCUGAGAUAUUUAAGCAGAAGGUGCUGGAGCUGGGCGAGAAGUUGUUACCCGCCUUCAACACGCCCACCGGCAUUCCCAGAGGAGUCAUUAACCUGGGCAGCAGUGGCACCAGCUGGAGUUGGGGCUGGGCUUCGGCCGGCAGCAGCAUCCUGGCCGAGUUUGGCACGCUGCACCUGGAGUUCCUUCACCUGUCCGAACUGUCCAGAAACCCCCUGUUCACUGAGAAGGUGAUGAACAUCCGAAAGCUGCUGAACAAAAUCGAGAAGCCUCACGGUCUGUAUCCCAACUUCCUGAGUCCCGUCAGCGGCAACUGGGUACAGCAUCACGUGUCUAUCGGAGGUCUUGGGGACAGUUUCUAUGAGUACCUGAUCAAAUCCUACCUGAUGUCAGACAAGACGGAUCAGGAGGCCAAGAAGAUGUACUACAGCGCCAUGGAGGCCAUCGAGACGAACCUGGUGCAGAAGUCUCCGGGUGGCCUGACGUACGUGGCCGAGUGGCGAGGAGGAAUCCUGGACCAUAAGAUGGGGCAUCUGGCCUGUUUCUCCGGCGGGAUGAUCGGCAUCGGCGCUGAAGACGGGCCGGCGGGACAGAAGCAGCACUACCUGGACCUGGCCGCUGAAAUCACUCACACCUGCCACGAGUCCUACAGCCGCUCAGCAACCAAACUGGGUCCGGAGGCGUUCCGCUUCGAUGCAGGAGCCGAGGCCACAGCCACCCGACUGAGUGACCGCUACUACAUCCUGAGGCCAGAGGUCAUCGAGAGCUACAUGUACAUGUGGCGUUUGACCCACGACCCCAAAUACAGGGAGUGGGGCUGGGAGGCCGUGGAGGCGUUGGAGAAGCACUGUCGUGUAGACGCGGGUUUCUCAGGAAUCAGAGACGUGUACGCCUCCACAGUCAGUCACGACAACAUGCAGCAGAGCUUCUUCCUGUCUGAGACGCUCAAAUACCUGUACCUGCUGUUCUCGGACGAUGAUCUCCUGCCGCUGGAGGACUGGGUGUUUAACACGGAGGCUCAUCCGCUGCCCGUUAUACACAAGAGCUGCCUGCAGGAGAACAGUGCCACACAAGACCAUGGACAGACCAACCUGGAGUAGUAUUUACCAUCUCACACACACACACACACACACACACACACGCGUGGAUUCAACCUCACGGGUCCUGACAUGGAUUCUCAGCUCCUUUCCUGUAAAGGAUCUCUUCAUAUAUAUAUAUAUAUAUAAAUAUACGCUGUGAUUGUAUAUCUCUGAGCUGAGGCUUCCCGCUCUCCUCGGCGGGCGGAAGCCGGCGCAAUUUUCCGUGGACAAUCAGUGAAACGUGACUUUCAUGAGAAGAGCACCUUUUUUUCUUUGCUUCUUUCCUCUGUGAGGAAAAAACGAAUAACUUGCAGCCCCGAAUCUGUGGGAGGAGUGCCGUACGAUGGCGGGCCAUGCUGAGCGAAAGAGAAAACCACUUUUCUUCACGUCUCACCUGUAAUUUAUCUUUUCUUUCAUCCUUUCAUUGUGUAUUCCUUUCCCGUCUCUUCUGCCAAAGCGUUUGCAGUCUUUUUUAUUUCGUUUUCUCUCCCAACCCCUGAUAUUUUGUUCUAUCUAGUUUCGAGUCCAAUUUUGUGCUAUGAUUUUUUUAUUAUUUCAAGAACUGAGAUAUUUACAAACCCCACAAAAGGAUCCUUUGUGAAAUGUGUUGUACAGAAACCUUUGGUUUGAACAGGAAGUUGAAUGAUGUCAUUGGCAGGGCAGGAUUGUUUUACGUGAUUUUACACUUAAACUGGUAUUUUUAUUAUUUUUUUAUGCUUCAACUGCAUUGUGAGCCUCGGUGUUGUGCACGACAUGCCAUGUUUCAAAGACCAGCAUCACCGGAGCGGAAAAACACGCUUGCACUGACACCCGAUUGCCACUAGGGCUGGGCGAUUAUAUAUUGAAUAUUCCUUAUAUUUUUGCAAUGAUUUUGCACGCAAUUAUUUUAAUGUGCUUUUUUAAGUCAGACUAGUUUCAUGGUGGUUCUUCAGUAUCAAAAACAGGAUUUUUGUUUGAUUCAUUUCCAUGAAUCACUUCAAACUGUGUUCUUUAAUAAAUCGCUUUAGCAUCAUCGUUCAGAAAUCACAAUUAUUUUAACGCGCUUUUUAAUUUGUCCUUUAAGUUUCAUUAAGAUUGCAGCAUCAGACUAGCUUCACGAUGAUUCUUCAGUAUCAAAAACAACAUUCAAACUUCAGACUGUUUUAAUGAAUCGAUUCAUAAACAAAAAGCAUUCUUUGAAGAUUAUGAAUUACACAAUUAUUAGAAAGCAGUUUUUUAAUUUGUCCAUUAAGUUUCCUAAAGAUUGAGUUGUUAAAAUAGUUUCAUGAUUUUUCUUCAGUGUCAAAAACAGCAUUUAAGUUUGAUUCCUUUCCAUGAAUCGCUUCAAACUGUCCAUUUCAGUGAAUGUAUUCUAAACUCUAAAGCAAAGAUGCAUUAGCUUCAUCACUCAACAAAGCUGAAAUAAUUAUUUGAAUGUGCUUUUUAAAUUUGCUCAUUAAGUUUCAUCAUCAGACUAGUUUCAUAAUGAUUCUUCAGUAUCGAUCAAAAAGGCAAAAAAUUGAGUUUCAUUCUUUUAAUUUGUGCAUUACUUCUUAAAGAUUGCAUCCAAGUUUCAUGAUUGUUCUGCUGUGUCAAAAUAUAACAUGCAAGUCUGAUUAAUUUCCACGUCCGUUUCAACGCGUCUAUUCAAAACUCUAAAGAUGUAUUUUGAAUCGUCAUAAAAAUGCUGGAGAUUAUUUUAAUGCGUUUUAUUCAUCCAUUAUGCUUCAGACUAGUUUCAUGAUUCUUCUACAGCAUUUAAGUUUAAUUCACUUCCGUGAAUCAGAUAUGCUUUUGCAUCAUCUUUUAAAAAAUGCUGGAGAACAUGAAUCAUGCAAUUAUUUUAAUUUGUUCAUCAAGUAUUGCAUCAUCUGACUAGUUUCAUGAUUUAAGUUUGAUUCAUUUCUGUGAAUCAGUUCAGAUUAAUCAAAACUGAAACAAAGAUGCAUUUGCGUCUUCGCUCAAAAAAUGUUGUUUUAGUAGAAAUAUCUAUCGGUAAAUAUUGCUGUUUAUGACCAUGUACUGUUACACUGGUGCGUAUAAAUGAAAAUGAUUCAGCUGUGAAUAACGCAUUGUACCGCGAUUAAAUUAAUUCUUCAGAUCUCUGCCCAAAAUCAGCACAGAAAAUGUGAAAUUGCUUGCUUUUUAAGCGCUAUCGCCCAGCCCUGUCGGCCACAGUCGUCUCAAAGCAUCGAUGGUGAAUGUGAACGUUUUUUCCGGGGUUUUUGUCCCCGAAGCAACGCCGUCAGACAGUAAUGGUGGAAUGAAUGUGAGUCAUUCAUGUCAUUAAUUGUUCCUACUUUCUCUCUCUUUCUCUUUUCUAAUUUUUAUGGAUGUUUAUGAAAGACUCGCUCUUUUCAUUUUCCUCAGGUGUUUCUGUACAAGUUUUGAUUACAGUUAUUUGCACUAUUCAUUACGGUAGUGCCGAUCAUUGUUAAUUUGAACGUCUUCUGUCUCUCAUUGUUGAAUAUUUUCAAAUACUGGUAAAAGAUCUGUGCGAUUUAUACAUUUAAAACGAGUGUACAAAUGC